AUGUCGAGGCUAGGAACCAGAGAUUUAGCCCGCUCCGGCCGGCAGACGCAUUCCCCCAGUCCCAUUCUCAACCCAAAGCUGAAGAAGACGUCGACCACACCCUCGCCCACCAGACGCCUUUCCGGCCCCAACGCUCCCCGUGCGGCCGCCUCGCGGGGCAGCGCUCUCUCCACUGCCAUUCUCCUCGACGGCAGUGACCAAACCGAAGACGAGGACGACGAAGUAGACGAUCACCACCGUCUGCAACGACAACCGUACAUCUCCCGGUCCUCUUCCUACAGUAAAAUGAGACCUGGAGCAAGUCAACGCAAGAAGCCAUCCACAGGCGCAGUGAGAGCACCAUCAUCCUCGUCGACGACACCCACAAUGACAUCAAGGCGCAAGCCAGAACGGCGCAAGGAGGAGCGCAAGGCCUCGGUGCGCAAGGCAACGUACGACCUGGACGACUCCGACUCGUCGGACCUGUCAGAGCCACCUGCUCCUGAAGGGACCCUGGAUUCGGCUUCCGAGUCCGAGUCAACCAUGGCUGCCAAGCUCCACGAGGCUGGAGACGGCGAGUCGCUCUUGGGCUCAGCAGCCUCCGAGGGUGAGGGCGAGGGGGACACGGAGGAAGAGGAACGAUACAUCAUUGAGGAUGCAGCGAGGAAGCAGGCCAGGGCCAUGGCGCGCAUCCGAGCCGGCCAGGAUGGUUCUGGCUCCGGCAGCGGGCGCAGCAGUGGCAACAGGGGUAGGCGAUCGUCACCCUUCGCGCAUAGCGUGGCCAACGAGGAGGAAGAGGAGGAUGAAGAGGACCACGAUCGCACUCGAGCAGGCUCGGGCUCACUAUCGCCCGAGACCCUGCACCAGCUGGGCAUUGAUGGAUUCGAAGAUGACCUCUUUGAGCCUCAAGAAGCCUUCCACUCCUCGUCUGAGCCGUCCUUCACCGACUUCUUUGGCUCUGAGGCCAACGACAGCGAUGCAACCGACGCGGAAAACAACAGCAUCAUUCUCGAGCCGCGCGAUGACGAUGACGAGCUGACGACGGACGAUGACGAUCUCGAAGAUGACGACGAGACCGACAUCAGCGACUUGGAAGGUGGUCUCCUCAGCGCUCCCUUUCUGGCCCAAGACGCCCUGGCCGCAGGGGCCGGCACGCAGUUUGCGCCUGGACAGGAGAUCGACGCCGCUGCAGCCGCGGCCGUGCUCAGCGCCAAUGGCGCCGGGGCGAACCCUGACGUUCCUCUGCUCGUCAUCGAGGAUCUCGACGGUCGAUUGAUCUACGCGCGUGCCGGUGACGGUGAGGCCGUCUUUGGAUCGGACGGCGAGUUUGAGUUCGUCGAUGACAGCGACGAGGACGAUACCGACGAAGACAUGGAUGGUCUCGCAAACGAAGGUCUACACUGGUCCCAAUGGCGCCGCAGUGGCGUUCACGCACCCGUCUCGGACUCUGACGAGGGCGACACGACGGACGAGCUGCCCGAAGACGACAUGCCCUUUCCCAGGCUCCUCGUUGGAUCAGUGGCUCCCCACGGUGGGCGCAACGCACGGAGGGCUCGCGCCUUGGCUGCUCGAUCGCGAAGGCUGUCUCCUCGAAAUGAACGAUCGAGAGAGACGAGCGCUGCUUCAUCGUCGAUGCUGCCUUCUCAACAGCAGCAGCAGCAGCAGCAGCAGCAGCCCGAGCUCAACACCAUCGAAGAGCUCGACUUCUCCAUUUCGACCGAAGAUCUUGCCCGCGAUCCCGAGGGGACCUUGAGAGCUGCAGCAAAGACCCUCGGCUUGUCACCUGAUGACGUUGCCAGGCUCGUCGCUGGUAUCCAGGAAGAAGAUGAUGCCACAGGAGCCAGUGUUGCCUCGACACCAUCCGCCGAAAAAGACCUUACCGGCCAGCAGCUCUCGGCAUCCACCUCGUCAGCUAUCGAUAUUGCGCCUGUGACGCCCGACAAGCGGCUCGCUACCAAGCCUCCCAUGGGAUCCUUCAUGCCAACCUCAUCCAAGUCGAUCCAUCGUGCCGUCAUUGAUGGAUCGAAACAGGCACCUUCACCGUUUGCGAACCGGCACGGCACCCAGAAGCGUGGGCUGGCUACGCGCAAGAGACACCCUUCGACAAGCACUCCAGGGUCGUCUAAGCGACCGCGUCGAUUCAGCCAGCUCUCGGGCUCAGGCACGGCUCAGGAGAGCCUCACGGGCGCCGAAGAGGCCAGCGAGGGUCGUUCAUCGCCCGAGCCUCCGCAGAUUGACCCCAUGGAGCUCGACGAUGUGCUGGACGCCGAUAUGCUACUUCGAGCAGGCUUGUCUUCGUCGCCCACUGGCGAUGACGUCAUGGGCACGUCCCCGAACGGCUCCAAGUCCAGUAAGAGCCCGAUGCUACGCGCGUCAAGACGGGCGAGCGAAAAGAGCAACGGAUCUUCGUCUGGUCUGAAUCUCAACGCAUUUGCGAGGUGGCACAAGAUUCCGAUGGGCGCAUUCAGAGACGGCCAAGGUGCUUCGUCCGGGCCCCAUCAGCCCUUGGGCACUUUCCUCUUGACUCGGGGUGGAGGCAGCAACGGUGCCGGAAGCGGUGGCGCCGGGCAGGGCAGCGGCCCGGGUCGAGCUCAUGCAAUGGGACGCUCUGGGUCGGCACGAAGGCAGCAGGAGCACUCGCCAUUCCGUGGGCAUGGUAGUCAGGCCGAUCUCAUCCAUCUGGGCACGGCUCCCCGGAUGCUGGGAAGUGGCAGCAAGCUUGACGAAAUGCUCGCCAAUGGUGGUGGAGAGGCAGCGCAAGCUUCAGAGAGAGCGGCGAGAAGAGACGCUUUCUUCGUCUCGCCUAUCCUGUGGCCCGUCCGAGGAGGAGGGCAAGUGGAGAAUCAGUGGCGAAAUGUCAAUGGAGGACAGUCGUCGCAGCCGCAACCGAUGGUACAACAGGGCGGCUCCGCGCAAACCGAAGGUACGCGGCGAGUCAUGACUCGGCGAGAGAAACGCGAACGGAAAGCGAGGAGACGGAUGGCCCUCCGUACUGUCGGCUCGACACCCGGAAUAGACUCGCCUGCUGCACCUUCUACGCCGCAAUUGCCGAGGGGAGACCCUCUAAAUCCGACCGACUCCCCCGCAACGGCACUCCCCCGCUUGAGUAUCACUGACGCCUCUCCGCGCCACUCACCGGCUCCCAAUACAACUGCAUCGAUAGUUCCAGGUGCCGAGGUCGCAUCAACGUCGGGGCCAAGGAGCACUCCGAUCCUUGUACCGACGACCAGCAAGAAGCAGUCCCCCAUCCUCGGCCCUCGCGAAGAGGAGCAGCAGCGACACCAGCAGCAACAACAGCAGCACUCGCAGUCGCAACUCUCCACUUCUGCUUCGUCCUCGUCAUCUGCCUCUGGCCAGCAGCAUCAGAAUCUGCCAUCGUCUGUCUUUGGCGUGCCACUGCACUCUCCACUGUUUGGCAGCAUCCUCCAGCCGAAUAACCUGGGUUUCCACGAUGAUCUGGACGAACGAGACGCGGACGGCACGAUGGCAAUCUGA